ACAGCCGGCUGUGGUGGCUGAUCCCACCUCAGCCAUGGGCAGCAUCACUCUGGAUCUCUAGGGAAGACAUCCAGGAAAAAGCCUUGAGGCACCAUUAAGAAUUGAUAAGCAUACAUUAGCCCAAACUCUGGACAAGAAAUAAAUUUCUUCAGAAAACUUUUCAUCCUCAUUCCUCCACGGAUGCCGAGCAUCACCUCCUUACCCCAGAGGGUCCUGAUGACAUCACAUCCUCCCCAGAGAGCGACACAGCCUCCCAAGCCAAGUGACAAAGGCCAUCUCAGCUGUGCUGCACCAGCCCCAGGGACAGACACCCCAGGAGAACAUGGACACCUCUCCUGCCCUGCUCCUGCUGCUCACUCUGGGAUUCUGCUGCCCUGGGAUUGAUGGCCAGUCCCUUGAGAUAAAGGUGAGCUCUCCCCAGGACAUCAGGCAGCUGCGGCUGGGACAGAAGCUGGAGCUGCAGUGUCGCACUGACAGGCACAGCGGCGCUUUCUGGAUCCGCCAGGACACGAGUGGGACCCUUCACUUCAUUGUCUUCAUCGGCUCCACCUCCAAGACCACAUUUGAGGGGAAUCAGAGAACAUCCACACGCUUUGAGGCCAGGAAAGAGGGCCUGUCCUAUCAUUUGGUGGUGAAAUCUUUCACACCGUGGGACCAGGGGAAAUAUUUCUGCGUGAUGAAUUUCAACCAAAAGCUGCACUUCAGCCCUGGCCAGUAUGUCUUCCUUCCAGACACCACCACAGCGGCACCCACCACAUGUGAACCCACCUCCCAGCAAGGCACAACUGAGGAGCCCAACCCCAGGACUCCAGAUCCAGAGGGAAGAAUGAAGGAAGAUCUGAAUUUCUUCUGUCACAUCUUCAUCUGGGUGCCCUUAGCAGGUGCCUGCCUCGUGCUCCUCAUCGCCCUGGUGGUCACCAUCGUGCUGUGCCAACAAACCAGAAGACGAAGAUGCAGGUGUAAGAGACCUGCAAACGGGAAGCCCCCCACAAAACCCAGGACUCCAAACUAACACAGAUCAGCACCUGCACCUUCUGGCCUCUGGAUCUUCUCCCAGGAGCUGUCAGCACAGAAAUACCUCUCCUGCACUAUCCACAACGCCCCUGCACCUCACCCACUCUGCCCUGGAGGUUUGAGGAGACAAGAGGGAGCUCAGACACGCAGACAAGCAGCAGCACUUUCCCGUGAGCUGCAGGGUAAAGCACAGCUCCUUCCAAACCCUGAGCUUGCCAAGCAAUGCCCAAGGCCAAAGGCCACCCCUGUCCCCAGUGACAGGGCUCAGGCACAAGAACCACCCCAAUCCUGAUGCUGCCAUGCCUCAGGGAGAAGCUGCUGAGAAAUAAAGGACACGAGCUGGACCUUUGCUCAAGGCUGUGUGUGAUUGCCUCCCAAAAAGCAGCCAGAGGUGGAAUUUGCCACACAAAGCCUUAGAAAUAAUUAUCCUCACUCAACACAUCUUCUUGUUGUGGUACCUUUCUCCUAGGGCUUUUAUUGUUUCAUGAAAUGGAUUACAAGACUGCACUGAGAAGAUAAAUAUGGAUUAAAGGGCCUGACUACUGAGGUUUUACAGUCCUGGGGGCUCAGGGUCACUGUUCUGCUCACACUAUCCCUGUUCUGCUGCUACCCCUGAUCCACCUAUAUCUGCAGGAGUUUGGCCUGAGAAAGGAAAGUGAGAUUUGCUUUCUUUCUGAGGGAAAUGCCCGAGUGAUUAAAAAAAAAUCCUUGUCACUUGUUUUUUUUAAGCAGGACAUUUAACAUGUUGAUAUUUCCCCCAUGUUAUGGACUGCUGCAAGUUCUGUUUUUUCAGAUCUGUAUUUCAUGUAAAUAUUUCCUUAGCAUACUUGCAAUUUAUAAAAUAAAAUUAUUCUCAUAA